GUCCGCAGAAAUGGUCAUGAGCGUCCGCGUGCAAGUACUUGGAGGUUACCGCCGCUUGUUGCGGGCGAGUCGCCAGGCGUUCCGUGGCGAUGCAUUCGCGAUGCAGCAGGCGCAUGUGGCACUCCGCGACAACUUUAUGGUCAACAGUCAGGUGACCGACAAGGAGCAGCUGGACGAGCUGGUCAAGGGCAUCGACGAGGCCGAGGGUAUGUUGCUGCACAACAUUGUGCAGGGUCGUGCCAAGCAGGAAGAGGGGGAUGUUGCACCGCGCUUCGAGGUGAAGCUCACAGACCCGCAGCGCCAAGCCAUGCGGAAGGACGAGGAGAUUAUGCCCCUGACAGAGAAGUCGGCCAGUGAACCGCUCGUCAUGAACUCGGGCAACGUCUGUCAGCGACCAUCAUAGACGAACGGGUACAAGAGAAGAAUGUAUACGUCAACCACCUUGGGAAUUCUUAUUCUCGCUACGACAUUAGCGCACUGCACUACUGCUCUAUCACUUCAGCCUUCUCCAAGCCACGCGUACAUUCACUCAUUUCUUGAACGCAUAUCUUUACAUAAAAGUCAUCUAUUCUGUGAGCUCCGGCCCCGUCAUGUCCUUCUGUCUCAAGAUCGUGGUUGGAUGGACUGUGCCGCUUGCUCAACUUGUUCAGUCAGCCUUAAUAGCCGCCGUUCCCCGGCUGACUUUGUAUGCGUCGUACAGGUACUUGCCGUUGAGCAUGUCGACGAGAGUCCGGAAGGUCGACGGCUGCUUCUUGCCCUUGCCACUCUUCUCCUCCUCUCCGUCCUCUGUGAGUGCCGAGACCUCCUGGUCCGUCAUAGCUUGUGACAGGCCAAUCAUGGCCACCAGCAGCGAAAGCAGCAGCAGAAUGUAGCGGAGCGGGCACAUCGUAGUCAGGUU